UCAAGGUCUUUUGUCCCUCGGCGGACACCGUUGCCAGCCAAAGCUAUGUCUCCGCGCUCGCCGCUUUCGUAGGGUGCCGAGUUGUACCUCUUCUCCACGCGUGCCAUGGCGAGCCGAGGGGCUCGUCAGCGCCUGAAGGGGAGCGGGAGCAGCGGCGGGGACACGGUCUCGGCCGCGGACAAGCUGCGGGAGCUGCUGUGCAGCCGUGAAGCGGGCGGCGCGGAGCCGCGGACAGAGCUAUCUGGGAACAAAGCAGGACAAGUUUGGGCACCUGAAGGAUCUACUGCUUUCAAGUGUCUGCUCUCAGCAAGGUUAUGUGCUGCUCUCCUGAGCAACAUCUCUGACUGUGAUGAAACCUUCAACUACUGGGAACCAACACACUACCUCAUCUAUGGGAAGGGGUUUCAGACUUGGGAAUAUUCCCCAGUUUAUGCGAUUCGCUCCUAUGCUUACCUAUUGCUUCAUGCCUGGCCAGCUGCAUUUCAUGCAAGAAUUCUUCAGACUAAUAAGAUUCUUGUCUUCUACUUUUUACGAUGUCUCCUGGCUUUUGUGAGCUGUAUCUGUGAACUUUACUUUUACAAGGCUGUGUGCAAGAAGUUUGGGCUGCAUGUAAGUCGAAUGAUGCUGGCCUUCUUGGUUCUUAGCACUGGCAUGUUUUGCUCCUCAUCAGCAUUCCUUCCUAGCAGCUUCUGUAUGUACACCACGUUGGUAGCCGUGACUGGCUGGUAUAUGGACAAGACUUCAGUUGCUGUGCUUGGAGUAGCCGCUGGGGCUAUCUUGGGUUGGCCAUUCAGUGCUGCUCUUGGUUUACCCAUUGCCUUUGAUUUGCUGGUCAUGAAACACAGGUGGAAGAGUUUCUUUCAAUGGUCUCUGGUGGCCCUAAUACUCUUUCUGGUGCCUGUGGUGGUCAUUGAUAGCUACUACUAUGGGAAGCUGGUAGUUGCACCAGUGAACAUCGUCUUGUAUAAUGUCUUUACUCCUCAUGGACCUGAUCUUUAUGGUACGGAACCCUGGUAUUUCUAUUUGAUUAAUGGAUUUCUUAAUUUUAACGUAGCCUUUGCUUUGGCUCUCCUGGUCUUACCACUGACUUCUCUCAUGGAAUACUUACUGCAGAGAUUUCAUGUUCAGAAUUUAGGCCACCCAUAUUGGCUUACCUUGGCUCCAAUGUAUAUUUGGUUUAUAAUUUUCUUCAUCCAGCCUCACAAAGAGGAGAGAUUUCUUUUCCCUGUAUAUCCACUUAUAUGUCUCUGUGGUGCUGUGGCCCUCUCUGCACUUCAGAAAUGCUACCACUUCGUGUUUCAGCGAUACCGCCUGGAGCAUUACACGGUGACGUCAAACUGGCUGGCCUCGGGAACACUCCUUCUGUUUGGGCUCUUGUCCUUCUCUCGCUCUGUGGCGCUGUUCAAAGGGUAUCACGGACCCCUUGAUUUGUAUCCAGAAUUUUACCGAAUUGCCACAGACCCAGCCAUCCACACUGUCCCGGAAGGCAGGACCGUGAAUGUCUGUGUAGGAAAGGAGUGGUAUCGCUUUCCCAGUAGCUUCCUUCUGCCUGAUAAUUGGCAGCUUCAGUUCAUUCCAUCGGAGUUCAGGGGUCAGUUACCAAAACCUUUUGCCGAGGGACCACUGGCCACCCGAAUUGUUCCUACUGACAUGAAUGACCAGAACCUGGAGGAGCCAUCCAGAUACAUUGACAUCAGUAAAUGCCAUUAUUUAGUGGAUUUGGACACCACGAGAGAAACGCCCCGGGAGCCGAAAUACUCAUCAAAUAGAGAAGAAUGGAUCAGCUUGGCCUACAGACCAUUCCUUGAUGCUUCUAGAUCUUCGAGGUUGCUGCGGGCAUUCUAUGUCCCCUUCCUAUCAGAUCAGUAUACAGCGUAUGCAAACUAUACCAUCCUCAAACCCCGGAAAGCAAAGCAAAUCAGGAAGAAAAGUGGAGACCGGAGAAGAGCAGAACCACCUUACAGGAAGAAUUGAAAAUCCCAGAACUGGAUGGCCGCGUUAAGCUCUUCUCCAUACUCUGGCCUGGCAUCUGAGAACUAGCAAGCCUCUUUGGGGCAUAUGGGCUUUCGCCACCAAAGCUGUUUGGCAGCUCCUAGCAUUCCUUGUUCAAAUCCUAGUGCUGAAAAUGAGCACAGCCUAAUUGCCAACCUACAUGUCCUCCUCACCUCGUGCAAGACUAAGCUUCUCUUAAGCACUUCACAGGACUAGGACCCCGUCCUGGAGAUAUCUCAGGAAAAAAGGCAACCAUUUGAGGAACUGUAACCUAAUUUUGUUAUAUAGGAUGCUUCUUAUUUUCAUUUUAUUUCCUUUACAACAAACUGUAACUAUGUUUUCUUUAAGUUUUAGCAUGCCGUUUCUUGAAUUCAAGACUUCUCUGUAGAAAGGUACCCACAGACCAGGCCAUAAUUGUACAGGACAUUUUUGGAGAAAAUUAAUUCUAUCACUUGGUAGGUUUGGAUGGCCUCACAUUUUUAAGUAAUGUAUUCUGAGGCCAUUUCUGAGGAAAUUAAGACUUUCCCUUUUUUUCACAACCCUAGUGGAAAAGGCCAGUGUGUAUUUGUAGCACUGAUUUUUGAGUCCAUCUAUUGCAAAGCACAUUCUGCAUGGGGCACUUUUAGUCAAAUAGGCAAUGAUAAAGACCUGAUUAAAAUGUAAUGAGUAUAUACUGUGACUAUACACACAGUACUCCACAGUUUACAAAGCACUUCCACAUUAUCUCAUUUGGUCCUCACAAUCAUGGUGUGAGGCAGACAAGGCAAGUGGUUUUAUCCCCAUUUUACAGAUAAUGACUUCGGGGGGCACGGGGAAGGUCAAGUGGCAUGGCCAAGAUCACAUGACCAGUCAGUAACAAAGCUAGGACUGGAACCUGGGUCCCCUAACUGCUCCCCUAGUGCUCUUCCUACUCCCUCUCUCGACUCUGAAGACCUCACUUGGAAGAAUGAUGGUGUUGGCCAGAGGCCCGAUAGAUAAUGUAACUUUCUAUUUUAAGGAAGACAUUUACCUGUAUUUCUUUGAGUUCUUCAGAACCUCCACUGUGCCUGUCAGUCCGUCACAGCAGCACCCCACCAUGCAGCCCAGCCUGUGGCAGGAAAGUAGUGCUCAUGGUUGGAAGCCCUGUUCCUUGGCAGCCCCACAGGAUCGAUCAGUUGGAUUCCCACAUAGGCCAUCUGGGGUCCUAUUCUAGGUGCCUUAUUUCCUCAAGGUAAUUGUGUCUAGUAUCUGCAUAUAGGAUAAAGCUAUUUUCCAGAGGUUUCAUCUUUCAUUUUUCAGGGAGAAGUGCUUUCCAACAGGAACUGAUCCCAAGAGAGGAGAAGAGAAGUCAUAGGGGAGGAAAUGGCCAGUUCCCACACAACAUGUCUCCUCCUUGGUAUCCCUCUAAUGGAAUUUCUGGGUUUGAAGCAUUGGAGAGGAGCUCAGUGUAGACAGCUUAGAACAGUAACUGGAGAGUGAAGAUAAGCCUGGGUCCCACUUGCUGCUUUAAAGUUUUCUGGCAUUUAACCUAGUAUUUGGUCCCUGCUUUCUGAGCCAGAUACUGGCAUCUGUGGUCUGACUCCAGGGUAGAGAAUUUUUGGUGAAAGAUCUUGUCCUACCUGCAGAAUAGCAUACUGUCAUUCACAAGGGCUAAAGCCCUCUGCUUUUAUGCAGAAGUAAAUGAGCCCCAUCACGGAGGUCCAGGGUGAGUAGCUGUUUUCCUGAUCUGAGUGAUACAGUGCUGGUCUAUUUUAUCAUCUUGCAUGUUAACAAACAAACAAAAGCCUUCUGAGUAAGAACUUACUGUAAUAGAGCACAAAAAAGAUCACAAUUGAUCCAGGGAUUCCUUGGGAAUAUCUGUUCCUACCCCUUUUAAGACCAGGUUUCGGUUUCCUCUCUUCUAGGUCCAUCUUUAGUGAGCACAAUAGAUGGAACACUGUGCCAAAUGCUGUGGGUAAGGGAUGUAAAGGUGAAUGUUUUUUGUUAUAAAAAUGAGUAUUUCUCAUGUGAUGUUAUAUAACCACACUGAACAAAAAUCUCAAUCUCAACAACCCCAGGGAGGCCAGAUUUGCCUGGGAAAGAGUUUUGAAACACCUGGUCACACAAGCCUUUCUCUUCUGGAGAACCCGUGUUCAGCAUGAGCUACCAAAACUCUGCUCACCGUGAAGAUAUAGUCUCUGGGGCACUCGUUUCUCCCCAGGUUGUUGAGUAUUGAAAAAUGAAGGACCACAGAUGACUUCUGAGAACUUUGAUUAUGGAGCUGAGCGAGGGAGUGGGUGUACUUGGCAGUUGCAGGGCUUGCUGAUCUCUAACGUUUAUUUAUUUCUUAGUAAUCUCUGUGUGGGACUCAAACUCAUAACCCUGCGAUCAAGAGUCACAUGACUGAGUCAGCCAGGCGUCCCCCUGAUCUUUAGAUCUUAAGCAGCCUUAUCUGAACCCCAGAUCUUAAGAAACUGAGCCCCAUGAGAGAACCAGAUGCUGUAUUAGGCAUCUGUCUUCAAAGUGUGCCUAUCACCCGGUACACUGCGAUGAAAGAUCAGUCACUUUAAUCUCUUGCGAUAAUCACUGAAAAUGGGAACCCAUACUCUUUUAUCAUUGAAAUCAAGUUUAGAAGCAGAUUGUUGUAAAUCACGGUGGCUCUUGAUCUCAAUCAUUUGUUUGGGUCAUUUUUCCCGGUUUGGAGUUCUGGGGAAGAGCCUUAAAAACCGCAUGUGAUUUUAUACCAUUAGAUGUGGAGUGACUGGGGGGGCAAAGCACCAAUCGCUGUCCUUCAUUGUGUUGCGUUUCAUGGGAUUUAUUGAGAUAAUUCACUGUGAUUAUGCUGUCAUCUGCCCAGUGUCUGGCAGCUCUGUUUUAAUUUAGUUAUUUUCUCUGAAGAGGGAAAAGAGGCACAAUUUCAUCCUUGCCUCCACAGCCUAUUAAAGCGCACAUGUAAAUUCUUAAGUUACUACGUGAAAUGCCUCGAGUAAAUGGAUAGAUGGAUAUGGGCUUAGCUUUGUCCUUUGGCAACAGAUCAGACUUCUGUGUGGCAUUGUUGGAUUUCAGAGGCCCUCUGCUGUUUUGGUAAAUCUAGGUGAAUGUUACCUUUAAUUUUUCCGACAUAUAUAACCAUGUAAUUCAUGCUGCACACGAAAUCAGGAAGCAGAGCAGUGUUGAAGCAAGAGUCUUGUCCAAUUCAUUUGUCUUCCUGAUCCCUGUCCUUUAUCUCACUUGUCAGUGUUUAUAUUACAUACCUGUAUUUUCUGUAAAAGAAAAAGUUAAAUAAAUCUUGGCAAUUUGA